UCCGGCGAAGGCAAGUGGCGCCGUGACAAAGGUUCCGCCUCAGCGGCAGCGUGGCUUAGGAUAGCUUCGCGCGACACCUUUUCCCGCACCAUGAACGAAACAGAGUUGGCGGAAGCCUUUAACACCCAGAUGAGGCAGGACCCAGAUGUCGCCUCUGCUGUGGCCGCUAUCCAUGUCCUGUUGGAGUUUCUGAAGAGAGACAAAGGCGAGACAAUCCAGGGGCUGAGAGCAAAUCUCAAACAUGCAAUAGAAACACUCUCCAGUGUUGAUUCCUCAGUGGCCAUCUCUUCUGGAGGGGAGCUCUUUUUAAGAUUCAUCAGCCUCACGUCUUUGGAGAACCCGGACUAUUCCAAAUGUAAAGCGAUCAUGAUUGAAAGAGGGGAGAUUUUCGUACAGCGAAUCUCUGAGACGAGGCAGAAAGUUGCCGCGCUUUGCCACACCUUUGUCAAAGAUGGCGGGAGAAUAUUAACUCACGCAUACUCGAAAGUGGUCCUGAGAGUGUUAGAAGCCGCUGCAAAGACAAAGAAACGUUUCAGCGUCUACGUCACCGAAUCACAGCCUGAUCGAGCAGGGCAAAAGAUGGCUAACGCUCUCACUGAACUUGGCAUUCCUGUGACUGUAAUCCUAGAUGCUGCAGUUGGCUACAUCAUGGAAAAAGUGGACCUGGUGAUAGUUGGCGCUGAAGGUGUAGUGGAAAAUGGAGGAAUUAUUAACAAGAUUGGAACAAAUCAAAUGGCCGUGUGCGCCAAAGCUCAGAACAAGCCCUUCUACGUGGUUGCCGAGAGUUUCAAGUUUGUGCGGCUUUUCCCUCUGAACCAACAGGACGUCCCGGAUAAGUUUAAGUACAAAGCAGACACGCUGAAGAAAACCAAGGCACUCAUGGUGGAGCAUCCCUGGAUCGACUACACCUCCCCAUCUCUCAUCACCCUCCUGUUUACAGAUCUUGGGGUCCUGACCCCCUCUGCUGUUAGUGAUGAACUUAUUAAACUCUACUUGUAAACCGGCCCCGUCUCGUGUGCCUGGGGAGGGGAGCGAUUUCGCUGGCAGCCCGUUUAAAAAGCCUCACUGUAAAUAAGCGAGGGAGAUCGCUGUUCAUGAAUGUUAUCUUGGCUUGUUUUG